UUCUUGGCUCAUUUUUGGUGGGAGUAAGCAAGAAUGAGAACCGGCUGCCUCAAUUCACUUCAAAGAAAUCUCUACUCUAUAACAAUUCCUGGGUAUCGAAAUGACUGCAAAUUUAGCACAUCUUUGCCUUCAUCUGUGUCCAGAUCUUCUCGCUUGUCUAUUCAUUGUGCUGUUCGUUUCCGGCCUUGCAUCGACAUACACAAGUAAAAUGGUUUGCUUCAAGGUUCAAGCUAGUGGUGUGUGGUUCUUUUAUCAGGGAAAAGUGAAGCAAAUAGUUGGGUCUACUCUUAGGGAUUCAAAGGAGGAGGAUGGGUCAAUUCUCGUAACGAAUUUUGAGUCAGAUAAGUCGGCAGCUGAGUUUGCGAAUUUAUACGAAGAAGAUGGACUUUUGGGUGGUCAUGUAAUCAUGCUUGGAGCUGAUCCUCUAAGCAAAGCUGCAGCCUUUGAAGCUUUGCAUGCUUAUCCUGGUGGCUUGCAAGUUGGAGGUGGUAUCAACGUGGACAAUUGUUUAAGUUAUGUUGAAGAAGGAGCCAGCCAUGUCAUUGUUACUUCUUAUGUGUUUAACAAUGGUCAAAUGGACCUAGAAAGACUAAAAGAUCUUGUCCAUGUUGUUGGAAAGCAGAGGCUUGUGCUAGACCUUAGCUGCAGAAAGAAGGAAGGUAGAUAUGCAAUUGUAACUGAUAGAUGGCAGAAGUUCAGUGAUGUAUAUCUUGAUGAGGAAGUACUGGAAUUCCUCGCCAACUAUGCGGACGAGUUUUUGGUACAUGGUGUUGAUGUUGAAGGGAAAAAGUUGGGAAUUGAUGAAGAGUUGGUGGCAUUGCUAGGCAUGCACUCCCCGAUUCCUGUGACGUAUGCAGGUGGUGUUACUGUAAUGAAUGAUCUAGAGAGGAUAAAAACAGCAGGAAAAGGACGUGUUGAUGUUACAGUGGGCAGUGCUCUUGAUAUUUUUGGAGGGAGCUUGCUAUACAGGGAUGUUGUCGCUUGGCACAAGGAGCAGCAGGCUUUAACUGUUUAGUGACAUUAGUUUUGUUGUUUUGUGUUAUUUUAAUUAUUUUUUUAUCGGGCCCAAGAUUUGUUCUUUUUGCCUUGUAAUUGUUUAGAUUCUUAUACUAGGAUUCAGGAUUGAAUUGAAUUUUGGUUAUUUCUUGUUUUAGAUAUUAAAUUCCAAAUGCAUCUCAUUGAUGUUGAAUUAAA